AUGGGCUGGUGGUCGCGCUCCUCAGCAACGGGCGACGCCCCCGCGCAACCCUCACAACCCACGCAACAACCCCCAACGCCCUCCCCAGAUCCCACACCCCAACCUCCGCGGACGCUAUCCCGCGAAGAACAAGCAGACCUCGAAUUCAAACAGCUUCUCGCCAGUCUCGAAGGCGACAUCAACCGCGGCAAUCCAUCCACAUCCAAAACUACCCCUCCCACCGAUUCUUCCACACCGCAAUCCCAAUCCCAGUCCCAAUCCGCACCGCAACCACACUCCAUCGCCCCCGACUCCCUCUACCCGGACACCAUGUCCUGCCGCUCGGCGUUCGACUACGCCUUCUUCUGCCAGUCGUUCGGCGGGCAGUUCGUGAACGUGUACCGGUACGGCGAGCUGCGGUCGUGCAGCGAGCACUGGGACAAUUUCUGGCUGUGCAUGAAGACGCGCACGUGGUCGGAGGAAUCGAAGAAGAAGGCGAUCCGUGACCACAACCGCAAGAAGGCGAUCAAGUACAAGACCGGGCCGAGUAGUGAGGAUGUGUGGGACUUGCGCAUGCAGCCGGUGCAGAAUGCAUUCCAGGGGGAUUUUGCUGCGCUCGAGAGGGAGAUGCAGGAGGAGGAGGCUAGGGGUACUAACGAAUCUUUCAGAGCUUUUCUUUGUGGCCGGCACACAGGUACCUAUCUAUACACACUCAAUAAGACCAUAAUGAACUGCCUCUCCACUCUCCUCUUCUACAUCUUCCCCCGUCAAUCCCCUCCUACCACCCAUCCAUACAAACCCUUUCCCGAAGACAAUUCACCCGAAAAAGCCGACCCCCCAAUCGCCCUCCUCUCCCUGCCUCAUCCCCGUCCCAAAAAGCACAAACGCGUGCACUUCGGCCCCACGGCAGACAUCCCGCCCCGCCGCCUCUCCUCCUCGUCGACUUCCUCCCUCGACACCAACGACACCAACAUCAUCCUCCCGCACCGCCGCAACAUCCGCCGGCGCUCCAUUAUGAAGCCGCCCACGGCCCUGGACCAGGAGAUGGUGUUCCGGAAUACGUGUCGGAUGGUGGCGGUUGCGGAGCAGCGGCUGGAGAUGAGCUACCACCACAUAAUGCGCGGCGGCGGGGAUCUCGAAGCUGUGCUUGUGGAGGAGGAGUGUAUGCUCUUUGAUGAUGCAAGGGGAUCGGCGGCGUUACAGGGCGCUAUGCCGCGAGUGCAGACGUUACGGCGGGUAGGUGGACAGCGGCGGAGGUUGAGGAAGAAGUGGGUUCAUCGGAAGAUGUGA